GUUGCAGCAGACAAAGGAAAGAGGGGGAACCAUUUUGCUGCUAUGAUUGUACUCCAUGUCCAGAAGGGAAGAUUUCAAACCAGACAGGUACGUUACCAAGCACAAUUCAAAGUGUUGGUGCUGACCUUUAAAGCCCUAAAUGGCCUCGGCCCAGUAUAGCUGAAGGAGCGUCUCCACCCCCUUUGUUCAACCUGGAGACUGAGGUCCAGCUCUGAGGGUCUUCUGGUGGUUCCCUCACUGUGAGAAGCGAAGUUACAGGAAACCAGGCAGAGGCCGAUCUCAGUAGUGGAACACCCUCUCAUCAGAUGUUAAAGAAAUAAACUAUGUGACAUUUAGAAGACAUCUGAAGGAAGCCCUGUUUCGGGAAGUUUUUAAUGACUGAUGUUUUAAUGUAUUUUUUUAAAAAAGUUUUUUAUUAACAAUUUCAACAUAACAAAAUAUCAAAACAUAUCAUAUUCAUUAUUUUUCCCUUUUCCCCUACCCCCAUCAAACCCUCCCUUCCCCUCCAAGACUUUUACUCAGCUACUCUCUCUGAUUUCUCAACACAUGUUAUUCUCUGCAUAUUAUAAAAUUGUAUAAAUCCUAAUAUUAUCUAUCUACCAUGUUAUCAAUCAAUAAAUUUGUGUAUGUUUAUUUAAAACCUGCCAAGGAUUCCAAUUCAUUUUGUUGUCUUCUUAAGUAAUUUGAAAAAAGUUCCCAUUCUUCUUUAAAGUCACAGUAGUCCUUAUCUCACAGUUUUUGCAAUUUUGCAUAGUUCAUCAAUUUCUCUUAAUCUUCUUUUGAAAGCCGCCAAUUUUGCAUAGUUCAUCAAUUUCUCUUAAUCUUCUGUUGAAAGCCGCCCAAAGUUGUUGGGGAAACCCAGCCAGAUGAGUGCAGUAUAAAUAACAUAUUCUUAUUCUUAUUCCUAUUCUUGUAGGGACUGUAUGGUACAGUAUAUCAACUUUUUUAGCUAUUUGCGGUAGAAUAGAUGCCUUACACGAGACAUGAAGAUGCAUCAUUACUUGUCAGGUUGGCAACAGUUGAACAACAAGUAUUAUACAUUCAUAUAUAUUGAUAUUGAUAUUGAUAUUGAUAUUGAUAGCUAUACUGCAUUUCUGUCCCUUGAACCCAAGAGAGGGUUUGUUGUUAGCUAUCUGAGAAAAAAUAGACGCCUUACACCAGACUUGAAGAUAAAACUUUACUUGACAGGUAAAUAUAUAUUAAUGAAUGCAAUGUGUUUCUGUCCCUUGAACCCAAGAGAUGGUUUAGUCCUUUUUUGUUUUUAAAGCUGCUUCAUAGCAGAGCAUGAGCUAAUAAUCCAUAGCUUGCCUGUCCUCUGAAACUCCUCCAGACAGUGUUUGCUUGAAGUCACCACACUCCCACGUUCUCAGUCAAAGAUGCAACUAACAGAAUAAUCAGCCAGCCGCCAACUAAAAAGUUCUUCCUUCUUUCCUCAAUACUAUUUAUUCUUUGUGAAAUAUAUUUACAAUGCAAAUACAAUAAAAAUAAUAACAUUUGUAACAUCUGUGAUGGAAAUUGCUAUAUCAAGGGGAAGAGAUGGAGAUCACGGAAAGGGUAAUGUUCUGUUGUUGUUGCUGUCCCGGAAGAAGCUGACAAAAAAAAUCAUAAACAGCCAGCCAACAUAGUUUCUGCUUACCUCCACACCUGUAAAAUGCAUGAAUUGCAUGGAUAGCAACUUACUUAAUCACCAAAACUCUAGAAUUGUCAAUUCAAGAGUAUUUUAUACCAUAUUCCUAGGUGUGUUAACUAGGUUAUAUUAGCACUGUUAGUCUUCCAUUGAUGUUAAGUCUCCCUUCUGGGAUAGGAAAUGCUGUGAAUAUUGGUAAAGGAAACUUCCUAUUUUACAACCAUUUCUACUGGUAAGCUGUGAAACAUUAAAGCUUAAUUAAUAUUUCUCAAUCCAAAUAGCUUGAAAGUUCUUAGUGCUAGCAGAGGGAGUUUAUCCCUCUAAACGCACCAAAAAUUUGUAUGAGUUAGUAAACAAAAAUUCUCUGAGAAUUAUUAUUUAGAUUUAUUUCUGAUUUAAUUAUCCACUGGAAAGUAUCCACCAAAAAAUAACUUAACUUAAAGACAAAACAUAUUAACACUCUAAGAAUUUCCUGAAAAAGAUAUUUUUCUCUAUUGUGUAUGCUGUAAAUUAUAUUGAAUUAUAGUACAGUAAAAUUCAAAGUUUCCUGAUCCUAAAGCAUAAAUAUUUGUAUCUCAAUGAGACUGGAAAUGCUAGAACUGUAAUCCUGAUUUCUUUAUACUGCAAGAUAUGGAUGACUGCUUCCAGUGCCAAGAAGAUCGGUAUCCUAACCAAGAGAGAAACCAGUGCAUCAGCAAGAAAGAAAACUUCCUAUCUUAUGAAGCACCUUUAGGCACCAGUUUGGCUCUUUUGGCUCUGGCUUUUUCUGCAACUACAGCUUUGGUGUUUGGAAUCGUCAUCAAACAUCAAAACACUCCCAUUGUCAAAGCCAACAACCGGAAUCUCACCUACACUCUGCUCAUCUCCCUCCUGCUCUGCUUCCUCUGCUCCUUGCUAUUCAUUGGGCGCCCCCAGUUACUGACCUGCAAUCUACGACAAACUGCCUUUGGUAUCAUCUUCUCAGUGGCUGUUUCUUCCGUUUUGGCUAAAACCCUCACUGUGGUUCUGGCUUUCAUGGCCACCAAACCAGGAUCUAAGAUGAGGAAAUGGGUGGGGAAAAGAUUUUCCACCUCUAUUGUUCUUGGUUGUGCUUCUGUCCAGGCAGGUAUUUGUAUAGUAUGGCUCUGUACUGACCCUCCUUUUCCAGAUUUGGACAUGCACUCUCUGCCUGAAGAAAUCAUAGUGGAAUGCAAUGAAGGCUCAGCCAACAUGUUCUACUAUGUUCUUGGUUACAUGGGAUUGCUGGCUCUUGUCAGCUUCAUUGUGGCUUUCUUUGCUCGGAAGCUGCCAGACACAUUUAAUGAAGCCAAAUAUAUCACUUUCAGCAUGUUGGUGUUUUGCAGUGUGUGGCUUUCUUUUGUUCCAACCUACUUAAGCACCAAAGGGAAAUACAUAGUGGCUGUGGAGAUCUUCUCCAUCUUGGCCUCCAGUGCUGGAAUCUUGGGUUGUAUCUUCUCCCCAAAAUGUUAUAUCAUUGUCUUCAAGCCUGAACUCAACUCAAAAGAGCAGCUAAAAAAGAGAAAUAA